AUUGUUCGCAUUCACCUUGGAACAACAAAAACAUGCCUAAGAGCUCUGUAUUUUUUCUACAAACUGCAUUUUGUGUCACGUUUUUGUUCUGAUCCGCCAUAAUUAAAAGACAUAUUUUUGUAUUACUUUAAAGGUUUGCUUUAGUUUUCAUUCUGACCACAUGAAACCUCUGUGCCUGAAAAGAUUAAACCCAAAAUUUGAACUAUUUCUCAGCCAAUAGGUGGAAAUUUCAAUUGACAGGUUGCACUUAUUGACUCUUCAUUGCUGAGAAUGUAGUCAUUUUUUUAUGUUUUAAUUAUAAUUGCUGAAUAACAACAUGGUAUGUUUUUUUCUUUUUCAGCUUUUGAGUAUUUAUGGAAGCAAAGAUUUUUAACGGAAUCCAACAGUCAUAUUUCUGGAAUGCUAAACUUGAUGCUAUAAAUUCAAUGGUAUUGAAAAUGCAACCCAGAGUACUCGGUUGUGAUUAAGUGAAACGAUUAUGAAAUUCAAAUGAUCACAGACUUUUUCCGCAUCCGUAGGGUUACACUUUUCAUAAAGUGACAGAUCCCUCAUCUGUUGCACUUCUUCAAGUUUCUUUCCUUUUUUUUCCCCAUUAAAGUUUUUCUUAUCAUAUCCGAGCUGAGAGUGUGGGGAUGGAGGGUGUUGUAUGUACAGAUUACAACGGCCUUUUUAGCUCCACCUUUACUAGCUGCAUCAUCAGUGAUGCUUACACAUUAAUGUGUCACUAAUCAUAAUCCAGUGAUAUGAUAUAUAUGAAAUAGGCCAUUCUGCAUACAGAGCACUUUUACUUUUGGUAAUUUAAGUAUAUUUUGAGUAUAUUUUUACACUGUGGUAUUGCUGCUUUUACUUAAGUAAAAUAUAAGAGUAAGCUACUUUUUCCACCAUUAGCUGACAGAAGUGUAUGCAUAUAAGAAUAAAACACUAAUGGAGGUAGAGGAGUAUAUCGUGUUUCAAGGUGUCACUGAGAGAGAGAGGAUCGUAGAGGAAGAUGGGGAACAAUGGCGCCGCCAUGUGGCCUGAGUGCAUAUCUUCAGUUGCCGAGUAACUACAAUGGCAAACCCACCAGGAGGCUAUGACAGAAAAAAGAUAUUUGCAUCAUCAGCUGAUUCAUUCAGUACCAUGGCAGGAUGUUGGUCGCACCUGUAUGACACGAAGAGUAAACAGUGAUACUAACUGUCACACACACACACACACACACACAGAGGAGAGGACUGUCCCUUUAAGACGGAUACAACACAACAGUUGCGCACGAGACGAGCGCAUCGAUGUCGCGCUUUACAUUGGACCAGUGAUUAUAAUAUAUAUGUACACCUGUGCUACAGCGGGCAGAAUUCAGCAGCUAAACUGUGGUUUAUAAAGAUUAGUUCACGUGAGGUCUACUGAGACGUUUUUUAAAUGGCGGGAGGAGAAAUUUGACGCUUCGCUCAGCCGGUUUGCUUUCUGAUGCGUAAUUGAUUCGAGUGGAGAAUCCUCAGCUGCAGCACCGAUUUUGGCUCAGUCUCCACGGAGCCCUUUUCUCAGGGAGGGGGAAGACUGCAGGUUUUCAACGUCCUACCUUUUGGUUUGCUUCAGGACGUCCUGUACGCCAGCCAGGCAGUUCUCCCCCCAGAGUGCUUCACUUCAAAGAUAAAUGAUAAUGGAAGACAAACGCAAGAAGCGGAGCCCAAAGGUGACCCUCCCCCAGCCCCCUCCUCCCCCCGUCAACCCCCGCAAAGUCUCCGUCCUGCCUGCCAGCAAAAGUGCCACCUUCUCUCUCGGCCUGCCGCAGCCCCCCUCCCCCAAGAACAGAGGCAAGUUUAAGCGGUCCAUAGGAGCUGCAGGACAGCCCAAAGAGGUGUUCACCGUCGUAGCGCCACCGAAGACCACCAGGCCCCACAAGGAGAAGCCCCGGGCCCCCCAGCCUGCAGGGCCCAGUAGAGUAGUGCAGUCUUCCCCCCUGCAGCACUCGUUCCUCACAGACGUCUCAGACGUGAGAGAGAUGGAGGGAGGCCUCCUCAACCUCCUCAACGACUUCCACUCGGGCAAACUGCAGGCUUUCGGAAAGGUGUGCUCCUUUGAGCAGCUGGAGCAUGUGCGUGAGAUGCAGGAGAAGCUGGCACGACUGCACUUCAGCCUGGACAGCCACGUGGAGGAGCUCUCAGAGGACCAGAGGAAGUGUGCCUCCGACCACAACCUGGAGCACCUGCUCUGUAACCUGGAGGAGCUCAGCACCUCGAUACAAAAGCUCCACUUGGCUGAGAACCAGGACCUGCCCAAGACGUCUGGUCCCUGACGAAGUGAGGUGCGGAGGACGGCGACCGCACACUCAUCUUCUCCCAACAUCUAACCAGUCCAGGUUGCCAUGGCAUUGAUCCAGCUGCCUUAGUAACAGAAGGGAAAGAUCCACAAGAGGAGGAGGAGCUCUUUGUUCCAUUUGGUCGGUGAAGCGGAGGAAACAAUAUAGAGACUUGAAGCAGCAGAGCAUUAAAUGAACACUCAACCAAAACCGUAAGCCCCUUAGUUAAAGCACAAGAAGCGAUCGGAGGGUUUACUGAACACUUGUUAGAUGGAAUACGUUGUGUCCAGGUUUUUAGCAUGUUCUUGGCACAAACUAACUUGGCUCCAGUUACUCGUUACAUCAUUUCGGAAAAAAAUAAAUGAAACCAAGUGUAAGCUUUAGUUCGCUGCGUCCCAAAAGCAAAUGUCAUGAAGUUGAUUUCACAGUAUGCCUUUGUCUGUUGCAUCGUUUCAGAAGGUUUGCCUCUCUGUUAAGAAAUGUUAGCACUCGUCGACAACACCACUGUAGUUAGCUCGUAACUUUAAAAGGGAGUUUGAACUUUUGCUAAUAUUCUGAAAGCACUACCUUGUUUUUAUAGCUUUGCUUUUAAAGUUUCAUACUGGAAAAAAUAAAUACUGGCUUUGAUACAUUUUAAAGGGUCUAUGUGAACGGAUACAAAAAUGUAUGUUUGAUGAACUUGCAUGUGAAAUGAUUUAUGUUUUGCCAGUGUGAAAUCCAGCUACUGUAUUUGACACUGAUGGGUCAGAAUAACUUGGAGGAUUUUGUGAGUACUUUAUCAGGGUUACCCUCUAAAAUGACCUACUGUAACAUGUAUGGCACCGUGUUGUUGGAUAGCACAUUCAAAGAGUUAAUGCGGCUGGAAGAAGUCUCUGUACAGUACAAUUUCAAAAUGGCAGCUACUUUUAUAACCAAAUGAUUUGCGUUGUAUUAAUUCCAGACUUAGUAGCAGUGUACUAUGGCCAUGAUAUUUAAUUCCUGACAAGUUUAAUAAGGUUAUGAGUGAUCAGAAAAAUCACAGCAUGUCAAGUGAUUGGUGCAUUUGGUUCCAUAAUACAUUUAUAUACUGGUUACUCCAUCAAACAUCUUUUACAGCCUGCAAUGUUCUGUACACAUUAAAAGGGCUAAUUCAUAUCUCUCUCUCUCUCUCUCUCUCUCUCAUUAUGUAUUGACUGUCAAAACAAUGGAAAACCUGUGAAGAAUCUUGUGUGUUCAGUAAUAAAAGUAAAUUAGGAAACUUAAAGGCACAGAAUGUGUGUUUCUUGAGUAAAAUUCAAUUACCCCUUUAAAAAGAUUAGACCUUAACAGAUGAGACACCGGGAAGUUGGUUUUACAUAAAUAAAACACUUUAUUUAUAUAUA